CCUUGCUUAAACUUCUUUCAACAACACAAUUCCAUUUUGAAUCCCCCCCACCUUUUAAUUUAUCACCACCACGCGUAUUUCUAAUUUCGCAUUUCGCUAAAUAUCGCCGAAUCCGCUGUUGACAACUUUGUACAGCAGUGGCCUGGGAGCUCGUCCUGUGUUAGAAAUUGACGGUACUGAGACCACGUCUCUUACGUCUGUUCUACUCCGACGUCAUCAAGACGGACCUGCUUUGAUACGUUGUCUCAAUACUUCUCAAUGACAACUCCGGCGUUCACUCCGUAAGAAUUUGCGAGAAACAACACUUCUUUUCUUCCACGUGCAUUUUCAAUUCCCUAGUAUUUAAUAAUAUACCCCAACUCUACUUCGCUGUCGGUUUAUCACCAAACUUCCACAAUGUCCGAUUCGGAGAGCCUCGAUUACCUUCAACCGGGCUUCGAUGCGAAGACCCUAACGAUUCCACGCCUACGAUCGAUAUUGGUUGCCCACAAUAUUCCAUACACGUCGAGCGCAAAGAAAGGACAACUAGUUGAAAUCUUCAAUGAAAAGGUUGCGCCUCAGUCAAAGAAGAUUCUAGCUGCUCGUGCGCGAGCAAAGCGCUCAAGUAAGGGCAUUGUCGAUGCAGAUACACAGAGCAGUAGCAAUCCAUUUGACGAACAUGAAGACCUUGCGCCCCCCACCCGCACUACCCGUCGAUCUAGGUCGCCUAGGAAAACAUCAACGAGGAUCAAGACGGAAGAGCCCGAGGAUCAACCAAUGCCGCCACCGACUCCUAGUCCUACAAAAAGAAAGCCUCGAGCUUCAAGUCGCGCGGCCCAAACCUCGGAUACGGACACAGGCCCGGAACUCGAAGGCAGUCGAACAUUAGGCAGGGUUCGGAGGCAUACUCCGGCCCCAGCUCUAGCUCCAGCCCCAGCCCCUGCAACCGCUCCUAGAUUCAAGAAGGAGGAAUCCGACGAAGGCCUUUUUCGACGCACCUCAGACGUCUUCACCAACGACAAUCCCUUCCAGAGCGGUAGCUCCCCUUCUACUAUCGACCAAACUCCAGUGACUUAUAAUCAUCAGACUCCAAGCGUUCGAAGAAAGACGCCCGCAGUGGACAAGCCCCGCAGUACUAGUACAAGGCGACGAACGGACGGACAUGCUCCCGUGGCCAAGGAAGAACGCUUGAGUAUGCCUAGGAAUUUUACCCCGCCGAUACCCAUAAAGGCGCCCGUUAAAACCCGAGAAUCCUUCACCGUCGAUGCUGGGGAAGAGUUCACUCCACAAGAACAGUUUGAACUUGAUGCCGACGAUGCCGUGGAUAGCGAUACUCUAACUGCUGUUGCCCGAGUAGCACGACAACGUCAGCAAUCUGGUGGCAUUAGCCGCGGCACGAUCUUAUCCAUUUUAUUUGUUACCCUUCUUAGUGCGUAUGCUGGAUGGUAUCGACAAGAGAAGAUUGCCGUUGGUUACUGUGGCGUCGGUCAAUCUAGAAGCUCGAUUCCUAACGAGAUCGAAACUCCAGAAUGGGCACAAUCCGUUCUACCUCCUCAGCUUACAGUUCCGCAAUCCCUUAUCGAUGCCGUAGAGCCCGAUUGCGAACCUUGCCCCUCUCAUGCUUAUUGCUACGCCGACUUCUCCGUCCGAUGUGAACAGGACUACAUCCUUAAGCCUCACCCUCUUUCUCUCGGCGGUGCUGUCCCUCUACCUCCGACUUGCGAGCCUGAUGGUGUAAAGGUCCGCCGAGUUCAGGCCGUUGCCGAUAAGGCUGUUGAGGAACUUCGAGAGCGGACUGCCAAAUACGAAUGCGGCGAGCCUAUCAAUGAGGAGGGUGCAAAGUUCGAAAGCCCGGCGAUCGAGGAGCAGGAAUUAAAGGAGAUUAUCAACAAGAAGAAAAGCAAGAAGAUGAAUAGUCAGGAGUUUGAGGAACUCUGGGGAGCAGCGCUUGGCGAGAUCAAGACUAGGGAGGAAGUGGAAGUCCAAACCACCGAUUCCGGAGGUGUUCCAAACACGUAUCUCACCUCCGCCUCUCUCGCUCGAAUUUCACUCACCUGCGCCAUCCGCCGAUCAAUCUGGCUCGGCCUGGCAAGAUAUCGAUUCCAUAUUAGCUUUGUGAUUUCGCUUGUCCUUACGGCUAUAUGGGCGCAAUACCAAUACAAAUCCAACCGAGCCGCGGCGAAGAAGGUUCCAGCCUUAGUCGAUCUCGUGCUCGAGAGGUUGGCAACACAGAAACAGUUAGGAGAAGAGGAUAUCGACGACCCGUGGUUGUUCCUCCCGAACCUACGUGAUGAUGUGCUGAGAUCAGUCCAUUCGCUCUCGCAGCGCGAGAAGAUAUGGCAGAGAGUCAAGGCAGUUGUCGAGCAGAACAGCAACGUCCGAACGAGCCAGCGCGAAGGACGCAGCGGCGAAGUUGGCAGGGCGUGGGAGUGGAUCGGUCCUCUCGCCGGAGGAGACCAUAGCGCUAGACGCAGAAGGAGCGGACGUAUGUCGUUCGGACCCGAUACGAGCAUAGACUCGCCGAGUGUGGAUGCUGCAUCCCGUCCGCAACAUCAGAAGUGGGAGGAGCCGAGGCCGAUUUACUAAGUAAUGAAGAUGUCAAAUAGUAGUAGUAUGAGAAGAGAAAGUUCACGUCAGUGGGAUCGGCAGAGUGUAGACACAGGCAGGCGGGCAGGCAAGCUGAUGGCCGGCGUUCAGGAUGGUUCUUUGCUUAUUGCUAUUGCUUAAGUUGCCCAAUACCUUCUUCCCUUCCCCGCUUUAACUGCGCUACGACUUCGCAGCAACAACGACAUGUUAGCUAUGUGCAGUCAAUUCAUGGCAUUAUUUUUCCUUUUGUAAUUAUUCAGCAGUCAAUCAAUCAAUUGAUCAGCAGUGUAGCUUAGCUGCCUACCUAACUCGUCAACUUGUCCGAUAUACGUAGAUACCUACUUGAUUGACGUAGUUGGUGACACAGCCACUACAUACUCUUGUUCCUCCUGCUUGUUGUGGUAACUAUUCCGUGUUCAUACGUGUAGCCCGAGGCGCAGUUGGUGACGGAUAACGUGUUUCCUCUUUGGAACUAGAAUUGUUCCGUUGUCUGUAGGAUGUUGAGAACGAGACGUGUUAUGGAAGUGAAGGUGUAAAGGGAUGAUGACGAUGGAUUGUGUUUCAUCGUGGGAAAGAUGCUGGCUCGAUGGUUUGGGAGGUUGGGUGAGGUAAUUAGGUU